GUUUUGGUGGUCAGAUUCAGACUCAAUGCAGAGCCCAGAUAUGAUAGAAAAUAAGCGGCCAUGGCACUGAACGAGCAAUCGUUAUUAUAGUUCAAAAGGGCAAACAGUUAAAGUUAUUACGGGGUUAACUCGGGUCAGAAUGUACACGUGCAAAGUUGCAGUUGUCAUCCAUCACCGUGACAUCAAGUGGAUUUUUAAAGCUGAAAUAAUGAGUGGAUUAAGCUUGGAAUAACGAGAGAAAUAACAUGGAUAGAACUUUCUUGUCGGUGGAUUGUAAUCGAUCACAGUCAGUCAGGUAACGUUACAAGGAAGUGAGACAACGGCUACUAAGAUUAGGUAAGACAAGAAGUUUUAUUUUUCGCAACUUAUGUGAAAUAAUAUGUGACAAUCAGGUCCAGUCGGGUUUGUGUCUUCCCGCCGAGUUCGGGUCCAGUUUUCAAAUAAUAGACGGGUCCAGGUCGGGUCCAGGCAGUACAUUUAUGGCAUUUCUCGGAUCUGCACUGGUCAGGGACAGGGUCCAACUUUUGAAAUAAUAGACGGGUCCGGGUCGGUUAGGUGUAGCACAUUACGGUUCGGGCAUGAAUUUUUGGACCUGUGAUGAUAUACCGCCAAGGCAACAAAGGUUUGGCCCAAGAAGAAGCACAUUAAGGUCAUGCAGUGGGCUAGCCAGUCUCCACACCAUAAUCCAUAAUAGAAAAUCUGUGGAGGGAGAUGAAACUUUGAAUUGCUAAACGACAGCCAAGAAACCUUAAGGAUUUUGAGAGUAUCUGUAACCUGGACCAAAAUCCCUCCUGCGACGUGUACAAACCUGGUGAGCAACUGCAAGAAACGUGUUGCCUCUGUGCUUGCCAACAAAGGUUUCUCCACCAAGUACUAAGGCAUGUUUUCAAAUGGAUCAAAUACUUAUUUCACUCACUGAAAUGCAAAUCAAUUUAUAACCUUUAUAUAAUGUGUUUUUUCUGGAUUAUUUUUAUUGAUAUUCUGUCUUUAUUUAUUAAAAUAAACCUACCGUAAAAAUUACAGACAUUAUCAAGGAAUCACGUUGAUUCAAUUACCUCAAAUUCCCGUAUUUAUAAUUAACAUUAUACAGGAGUUCGGAAGAGCAACACUAGAAAAUUACACCACUUGGGCCACAGUUUAACACAAGCUGGUGUUAAAGUGUGAUGGAGAGCUGUACACAAUGAUUUUAACACUGUAACACCAUAAGGACUUACACAAUUCCUGUGUGCAAGUCAUGGUCUAUGUUGUCUAAAGGUCUAAUAGCAAGAGAAGAAUGGUGUUGAUGUGACAAAUGCCAAAAGCAGGUUUGAUGCCACUGAAAGAGGAGAGUGAAGCACUGAAUCAAAUGAAAGAAAAAGAUCAGUUUGAGAAACAUGAUUUCAUGGCUGCCGGAAAUUCCAAGCAGACUGAAAAUACUUCUACACAAAAAAGAGUGCAAAAGACUGACCCUAACAGUUGUUUCACAUGCUUUCGGUGUGAUGAGAGUUUCAAUCAACAGAAAGCCCUUAGAGUCCACAUGGUAAUUCACAGAGGAGAGAAGCCUUAUACCUGCAAAUACUGUGGAAAAGAUUUCCCUAAAAAUGCAUACCUUAAAAGCCACAUGAGAGUUCAUACUGGAGAGAAGCCUUUUACCUGCCAACAGUGUGAAAAAAGUUUUGCCCAAAAAUCAACCCUUACCAGGCACAUGAGAAUUCAUACAGAAGAGAAGCCUUACAUCUGCAAACUGUGUGGAAAGAGCUUUAAGUGGAGCAUAAGCCUUACCUAUCAUAUAAACAGUCACAGUGGAGUAAAGCCAUUCACAUGUGAUCAGUGUGGAAAAAGUUUUAGACGCAAGAAAAACCUUAGUUCCCACAUGAGAGUUCACUCAAGAACGGAUCGUUUUAUAUGUCAUGAGUGUGGAAGGAGUUUCUCUGACAUAACACACCUUAACAAGCAUGUACCAAUUCACUCUAAAGAGAAGACUUUCGAAUGCCAACAUUGUGAAAAGAGAUUUAGAUUAAAAGUAGGCCUUAAGCUUCACAUGAGAAUUCACACUGGAGAGACGCCUUAUCCAUGUCAUCACUGUGGAAAGACUUUCAGAUUUAAAGAAAGUAUUAAGACUCAUAUGAGACUUCACACUGGAGAGAACCCAUACACAUGCUCUCAGUGCGGAAAGAGUUUCAAAUAUAAAGCAACCUUUAAAGCCCAUAUGAGAAGUCACACUGGAGAGAACCCAUACACAUGCUCUCAGUGUGGAAAGAGUUUCAAAUAUAAAGCAACCUUUAAAGCCCAUAUGAGAAGUCACACUGGAGAGAACCCGUACACCUGCAAACUGUGUGGGAAGAGUUUCUCACUAAAAGGAAGUCUUAAGACUCACAUGAGAAUUCACACUGGAGAGAAACCAUUCAAAUGCGUUCAGUGUGGAAAAUCUUUCACACGCAAAGAAUCCCUUGAUUACCACCUAAAGAUUCAUUCAAAAGAGAACUGUUUUAAAUGUCAUCAGUGUGGAAAGAGUUUCCCAGACAGAAAAAACCUUAAGAGGCAUGCAAUAAUUCACACAGGAGAGCAGCCUUUCACUUGCCAGCUCUGUGGAAAGAGUUGCAGAUUUAAAGGCAACCUGAAGAGUCACAUGAGAAUUCACACUGGAGAGAAGCCUUUCAUCUGCCCUCAGUGUGGAAAGAGUUUUGCAUUUAAAGGAAACCUUGAAGUUCACAUGAGAGUCCACACUAGAGAGAAGCCUUUUAGAUGUCUUCAGUGCAAGAAGAGUUUCACACAUAAAAAAGAUCUGAAACGUCAUUCAUUAAUUCAUUCUGGAAAGAAUCUGGUGUGUUCUGAGUGUGGCAAGUGUUUUAGAAAAAGGAGCAAUUUCAAAAAUCACCUGUGUAUUCACUCUGAAGGAAGGUCAUUUAAUUGUGAACAGUGUAAUAAAAGGUUUAUUUUGCCGUCACACUUAAAGAUACACCUGAAAAGUCAUGCGGAUGUGAGACCCUAUUUGUGUUCCUUGUGUGGAAAGAGUUUUAAAUGGCUCAGUAAUUUAAAAUGUCACCAGAAAAUGCGUAUCUGUGUGAGAUCAAGGCUACGUUCAUGCCGCAGAUGACCUGACCACCUCCUAUGCUAUAGCUUACAAUAUUGAGUGAUUUUGGAAGACUGACUCUAAAUUCAAUUGUUUGGAUGCAUCUCUCGUGUAUUUGAUUCAGUUUAAUACUUUGGUAUCAACAUUUUAGAUACAAUUCUGUCUUGCUGGGAAAUGCCACAAUGUAAAUGAAAAUGAAUAAAGGAUAAACUUUGUGGAAUUAUGUAUAUUUUACUGGAUUUAUUUAUUAAUUUUUGAAA